AUGAAUUAGUUAAAAGCAAUUUAAAGUUCUGUUGAUACACAAAGAAAAAGAAACUCAUCUUUUAAAUAAGAGAAAUCUUAUUAUGAAUAAGCAAAGAGAAGAAAAAGUGUCUAUAUGGAAUAGAUGGAUGAUUACAGUUAAAAUUAAAUCUUAAAAAAUUACAAAAGUUUUUUGCCUUAAAUAAAAAAGGAACACAUAAACUCUGAUGGAUAAGACAUUUAAAUAAUAUUGAAUCAUUUUAAAUUGUAUUAGUAAUAAAAUGUUAAACCAAUAAAUUGGAAUUUGUUUUUUACUUAAAUAUGGGAUUUUAUUCAAAAAAAUGGUGAUAUUUAUGAUUUAUAUCAGGAACUCUUUAAAAAAUUAUUAUUCUUACAAUUUCAAUAAUUGUAAAAAUAAAUAUUUGAAAUUUGUUACUAUGAAAAAAUUCUAAUUUCUUUAGGCUAUGAAUUGCAACAGGAUCAAUUAUUUAACUAAUUUUUUUGUUAAUUUGUUUAGAAUUAUUAAUCAUGUCUAUAAGAAUUAUUUUCAAAAGGCAAAUUUAAUAAAAAGUAAUUAUAAGAUGUAUAAUAAUAAAUUCAAAUGAACAAUACAAUAGAUUAUGUUAAUAUAGAUGAUUUAUAUGAAAGAUUUCAACAAGGAAAUAACACAAUCUGGAUGAUACAUAGAAAAUGUAAAUAAACAUAAUAAUAUAAACUAAAUUUUAAAAUCAUUAGAAGACAUUUUGCAUUAUGGUUACAUGAAACUAGAAAUUUAGAAAUCAUAAAAUUAUUACCUAAAUAAUUACUUACUGCUUCACAUCCAUUCAUAAAUGCUAAAUUAAAUUAACCAAUCUUAAUUAUUGAUUUAGAUGAAACCUUAGUACAUUUUGAAUAAGGAUCUAACAAACUUAUGAUUAGAAAUGGAUCAAAUUAGUUUUUAUAAUAAAUGCAUAAAUAUUACUAUAUAAUAAUAUGGACUGCAUCUUUACCAAGAUAUGCUAAAUGGGCACUAAAGAAGAUUGAUCAAUAAAUUCAGUAAUAAGUAUAUUAUUUAUUAGUUAGUAUAUUGAUCUUUUACUAACUCGAGAAUACUGUAUACCUCAUGAAAAAGGAUACUAUUAAAAGAUACUUUCUAUGUUGGGAUAAGAAUUAAGUACUCUCUUAAUAGUUGAGAAUGAUUAUCGAAGUAUAAUUGAUUCAGAAAAAGACUAUUUACAUUUGAUAGAUUCUUAUUUGGGUUAGGAUGAUAAUGUAUUAUCUCUACUAAGUAAUCGUUUGACUGAUGCCUAUAAAUAUUAUUAAGAAGGAUUUAGUUUUUAAAGAGCAGUGAAAAUGACUUAAAUGAAAUAGGAUUGA